CUCGUACAAUCUUCUCUGUACGUUCACGUAAUACACACAAAUUCCGCAAUCAACUGUGCUUGUGAAAAUAAUUGAUUAAAUCACGAUUUUGAUUACCAUUUACUCUUUCUCCUUUUAGUUUUAUAGGUGUGCAAGUUUGCGCACAUUUUGCUUAAGUAUUUAUUGUAAAAUAGUGAUUAUGUGUUAAUAAAAAUCGUUAAAUACUGCGGGAGAUCCAAUGGAGUAUACAGCACAGAAUCUUGAAUAUGCUGUGUCUGUCUUCUACAAUGGAGAGCAAUCGGAGCGAGCCAGGGCUCACACCUGGCUUACGGCGGCACAACGGGCGCCUGAAGCCUGGAAGUUUGUCUGGGAACUGCUUCAACCCAACAAGGGCACAGAAAUACAGUUCUAUGCUGCAACAACACUCCAUACCAAGAUUCUGCGAUGUUGGAAUGAACUGCCUCCAGAGAGCCACGAAGAGCUCAAAGAGAAGAUCUUACAGGCUGUCCAUGCUUAUGCUAAGGGCCCCAAAAUAGUCACUAAUAGAUUAUGUAUCAGUUUGGCAGCUUUCAUCCUGCAGCAGGGCACACAGGACUUAGCCACCAUCCUGCGGCCACUGUCGACACCAGAGAAUACAUCACUUUUGCUUGAAGUACUUACUGUGAUUCCUGAGGAGUAUAACAGCAUGACAAUGGGCUCGUCACUGCGGUCCAGGAACCGCACGGCGCUGCAGCAAGCGUGUCCAAUGGUGCUGGAUGACAUGCUGAGGUGUUUGCAGACUGUCUACAAUGAGUACGCGGCAGAGCCGCCAUCGGAAGCAGUAAUAUCAUCAUGGACGACGGCGGCGGUGUGCGCCUGCAGCUGGCUGUCCCUGGGCGGAGACGACCCUGACGCGCCGGCCGGCGUGGCGCUGCCGGAGCGCCUGCCCCUCUGCCGCGCGCUACUAGCAGUCGUGCGCGUCCUGUUCACGUGGAACGAGGCAGUGAGCGACACGGCACUGGACGCGUGCGAGGCGUGCCUGUCGUGCGUGCGGGCGGCGGGAGGGGGCGCGGCGGCGGCGCGGUUCCCCGAGGCGGCCUUGCAGCUGGCGGACGAGCUGGCCGCGCUCGCCACGCCCAUCAUGCAGCGAGACAACGUGCCUAACUCCAUCAAUGAGGAACUGGUAUCAGCAGUCAUAACCUGCUGCGUGAGCAUAGUAGAGUGGCACUCCCACGCGGUGGUGGCGGCGGCGGAGCGCGAGCCGCCCCACGCCGGGGCGCGGCAACUGCUCGAGUUGUUGCUCGCGGGGCAGGCCGCGCCUGGACACUACCCGCUGCACGAGACCCGGUCCAACCUGGUCUUUGGAGCCUGGUAUACAUUGCAGGACGAAGUACUAAACAUUCUGGAAGGUUCUCGCAAGAUCCACGAGGUGUGGCGCGACCUGUUCUCGCGGCUGCUGACGGCGCUGGUGGCCAAGUCGGAGGCACACGAGAGCGCGCUCUCAAGAGACGAUCUCGAAUUGUUGCGCUGCUACCGCCAGGACAUCGCCGAUACCGUCAUGUACUGCUACGGCAUCCUCGGCGAGUGGUGCUGGGCGACUGUAGAAGCGGCAUAUUCGUCAGCUACAACAGAGACGCGGCGCGAGGCUGCUCUACACGUGUUUCUGGCUCUAGCGGACUCGGCGCCGCACCAACGCGCGCCUGCGCCGCUCACCGCCAUGCUGCUGCACGCCGUACAGGCCGCGCACGACGCCCAGGACAAGCGCACGCUCAAUACUGCGCUCGAUUGUCUCGGGAGCUACGCGUCGUGGGUGAGCUCGAUGGGCGCGGGGCGCGGCGAGGAGGUGGGCGCAGCGUGCGUGCGCGCCGUGGGCGCGGCGCUGGCCCGCUGCCCGUCCACGGCCGCGCUGGCGCUGCGCAAGCUGUGCGCCGACUGCGCCGCGCCCGCCGCCGCGCUCGCGCCCGAUAUCGUGCGCGCCGCCCUCGGCCCAGUGAGCCGGUCGGACACGUGGGUGCGGCGGCAGCUGCUGGGCGCGGCGGGCGCGGCGCUGUCGGCCGCCGAGCUGGACGCCGCCACGCCGCUGCUGCACGAGCUGGCCCGCAUGCUGGAGCAGGACAUGAGGCAACAGGCGUCGGAGCCCGAACGAUGCCGCGGGUCUGCGGAGUGCGCGGCGUCGCUGCUGGGCGCGCUGGCGGCGCGGCCCGAGCUGGCCGCCGCGCUGUUCCGCACGCUGCUGCCCACGCUGCCCGCCUUCGCGCAGCACCACUCGCUGGUCGAGCCGUUAUUCAGCGUGUUGAAACAAACUGUCUCCACUCUGAUGGACGACUGUUUGUCUUUAGUGAGCGAGAUUGCACACCUUACUAUCGCCGGGUUCAACACUAGGCCCUGCGCCGCCGGACUGGACGUCGUCAAACUGCUAGUGCUAAUACUGGGCGACGACUGGUCGGACACGGGCCGGCUGCUGGCCGCGUGCGUCGCGGCCACGGCGCGCAGCGUGGCGGCCGACCCCAGCGCCGGGCCCGACCUCACCGAGGCGCUGUUUGCGCUCCUCCACGCCAUCACCAAGAAGAAACCUGUCUACAUCGACUGUCUAGAAGAUCUGCCGCAGCUUGUUGAAUUAGGUUGCAACUGCGUCCGCAUGUGGGAGGCGGCGUGCGCGCGCGCCGCGUGCGCGUGGCUGGCGGCGCUGUGCGGCGCGCGCCCCGCCGCGCUGCAGCCGCACGCGCCCGCGCUGGCCGCCGCCGCGCUGCGCUGCAUAGGUGGAGCGACGCCGCGUAACCAAAUGGAGCCGCUGGCGGAGCUGCUGCUGGCGCUAAACCGCGCGCAGUGGCGCUCGGAGUCGGGCGACCUGGGCGCGUGGCUGCGGGCCGCGCUGGCGCCGCCCGGCUUCCCCACGCACCACGCCGCAGACUCGCACAAACACAAGUUCAUCGCUAGCGUCGUCAAGGAAAAGAGCAGCAAACGUCGGUUGCUGGAGGCCGUGCAAGAGUUCUCACUGGUGUGUCGCGGGCUCAUCGGCACGGAGUACGCGCGGCAGACCCUCGCCUCCAAGCAGCUCGUCGCAUAAUGUACAGUUACCUCGUGAUCUCGACGAUAAGACAUCAUAAGGACAUUGUGAUGAAAUAAUUUAAGACAACCAUAGCACACAAAUACGCGCAGAUUGUUCAUAAUUAUGUCAGUGACAAACGAAGCCAAAUUAUUACUUAAUUUUGAUUUGACUGUAUUCGAAAGGAAACGUAAUGUAAUAGUACUUUUUGGUUCGUUUGUCUUUUUACUAGUUCAGGUUAAAAAAGGGUAAUAAUUCAUAGUUUGGAAAAUAACAAGAAUUUGAUUCUUGUGUUUGCCAUUACAUAGUGUCUCCUCUCUUACUAGUUUUAUCUAUGAAACUGUGGUGCCCCAUUUCCUGAUAGUGUAGGUACUAGAUAUUUAACGUGACUCAGUGUAAAUAUGCUCAUCAUCUCAUGUGUAAAUAGCAUUUUAACUUAUUUGACAAUGUUUAGAAAUGAAAUAAAAGUUGGAUAUUGAACA